CAGGCGUGGGCGGCCAUGUCUGCCACCGUGGAGCGGCGCCUGGCUGAGUUUCGGGCCGCCCGCGGCAGCGCCACCGCCACCGCCUCAUCGCGCCCAGCGGAGCCGCCGGGAACGGCCACGGAUCCGGAGGCCGCCGAGGGACAGCGGGAAGCCACCGCGGCGGGCCCGGGCGGCGGCCGUCAGGCCCCUCCCGGCGAGGCGGUGGCUCCGGUGUCGGGGAGGUUGCUGCUGGUGCUGAAGGUGCUGCUGUGGGCGGUGCUGCUGGCGUUGUUCGUGGAGCUGGAGCUGGGGCUGCCCUACUUCGUCCUCUCCCUGCUCUACUGGAUGUACGUCGGCACCCGCGGCCCCGACGAGCGGCGGCAGGGAGAGCUGAGCGCAUACUCCGUCUUUAACCCCGGCUGCGUCCCCAUCCGCGGGACGCUGACCGUGGAGCAGCUGGAGCGGGAGCUGUAUUACCGGCCAGCCGCCGGGAGGUAGUAAUUGGCUCGGCUGCCGGGGACCCGCACUACCUCCACUCCCCGUACCACGGACCUCAGGAAGUGGGGGGAAGCACGUUAUUUCUGUGAAAAACGCCGCUUGUGCCUUUCUCCUGGCGGGGUUUCCCCAGGCCCGGGCCGGUCCCGAAUAAAGCCGUAGCAAAAUG